CAUUCCUUUCUUUUGACAUUCCUUUCUUUUGAUGCCCAACUUGGGACCAGUCAACGAAAUUUAAAUGGUGGUAUCAGAUUUAUGAAAUAUUAAUUCUAAUAUGUCACAGCGCUGUUGUUUUCAAGUUUCCGCAAUUUAAAGCGCGCCACGGGAAACGUUCGUGCAGGCUGUAUUGAUAAAGUAUUGAAUGGAUCUGUGUCUCGUAACUAAUGACAAGCAACGUACAUAUUGAUGUCGAGCGCUCUGCAUUGUCCCACUUUUCUUUCAGGAUUCAGGCCAUACAUGCAAUCUAUUUGGAUCUUAUGAUUAGCAUUACAGGUGGCGGCAAGUAGUACAGACAUUCAAAGUCAAGAACACUCGCCAAUUCAUGGGAAAUAAAUACUUAGUAUUUGUUUCGUUGUAUUCACUUUGGAUCUAUUCAUUUCGGUUCAUGGCAGUAUUUACACCCUAAAGAAAGGCACGACUCCAGUGGCAGUUUAUUACAAAGGUUCUCACUCGGGCGACAAGACAAAUUAUGUCUAGAUAAUGUAUUGUUCGCCAUUGGUGUAGGAGAAAUAAUGACGAACCAAUGAAACGAUCGGUGACAUCAUAAACAAACGAGGGUGACGACAAAUAGACCGUCACGUUUCAAAGAGCAUGGCAAAAUCGUUGUUGUCAAUGACGCUUAGAUGAUUGUUUAAAUAUCCACCUCUCGCGUUGUUUGCUUUUCUCUUUAUUAAUAUUAGCUGCUUGAUACAUCUCAACACUGUUUAAAAUACCGUUCUUGAGGUUGUUUGUUUUCGCGGAUCUUUACAUUGAUUGCUAUGACUGUUCUCAAGGGUGGUUGCUAUGACCAACAAUACAACAGAUUUUGAUACACGCGUCAUGGAGACAAACGACUUGCUGUGGCUUCCUGGUGUUCUUAUUGGUUUAUUGAUGGUAAUUUUCCUCGGUUUGUCCUUUCUCAGCUACCAUCGGAAAUUCUUACGGAAGCAAAAGCUUGCUUUGGAGUACGCCAGUUUAGAUCUAAAUGUCAAACGACCCAGAAUCGCCGUCUGUCUGUGCGCUACACAUACUCUCCCUUUUCACGAACUCGCGUCACUGGCCAAUGCCUCGGGCAGGCAGAAUCCAGAAGGAGAGGCACACGUGUGCGAAGACACGAACGAUAACUCUGUGCAAAGGGGAGAACAUACUAUUCAUAGGGAUAUCUCUAAGUCUAAUGGCUUGAAGGAAUUUGAUAAUAACGACAUCCAUUACCGGAAGUGUAAUGAACCGAGUGCUUUUUUUAACACUCCUAGCCAAAAGUGCAUUGGCGACAAUUCUAACGACACAUAUAACAGGAAAUGUAAUGAUGUCACGGAGUUUCAGCUUGACCGUGACGUCUGUUCUCAGUACAAGACUAAUCCGGAAAUACAAAAUAAAUAUGACUGUCAGGACGAGGAUGGUGCUUUCGGGUUCACAAAUAAACUGAGUGCAGCUGGGUAUUCCAACACAGCAUACGUAGCGGACCACGACGAGAUUGAAAUGCAGCAGCUGGACAUCUGUCCUUGCUGCGGUUAUAGACGGACCUCUGAUCUGGAAGCCUCCGCGAGAUUUUCUCCCGAUUCCAGACUGGCACGGUCCUUUCCUUCUCAAGGAGACGAACACAUUGUACAAGACGCGUUCCACAAACCAUUGCGCUACAUAGAGAGAGCCAAAGUUCAUCGAGCACCAGAGAAGAAAAGUUGAAUUGUUAAUGUACCGAAGUGAAUCGUUGGAGUUCACCAUUAGCAAUCCUGUGAUACGAACUUCUCCACGGUGGUCGCUUGGCAACACGAAGGUUCCAGCACAACAAAGUAGGGGCAGUAUCUUCUGGACGGAUGUAGAUAGCGGACAACAGACAAUGGUUUAAUCGAGCAAUCACAGUGUUCAUUGUUUUUCUCUAUUUAGAUAAUGUGUGUGCAUCUUGUGUGUCUAUGUAUGUAUUGUGUGUCUAUGUAUGUAUUGUGUGUCUAUGUAUGCUGGGGUUUUUUAUAUGUGUAUUGUGUGUCUAUGUAUGCGUUGUGUGUUUGUAUGUGUAU